UCACAUCCCUGGUUUCCCUUUGGAGUUACAAAAUGCUUCAUCACCAAAAAAACAUAGCCUUGGUUUGAGUAUUUCAGUGGCAGUGCAGUGUGAUGGCUAGUCGUUCCUUCUCGAAAGUUCCGAAAAUCUGUGAUUUUCGUUCUUUAUUAGUGGGACAGCUUACGAGAACUACUAAACUUAUCGAACACGGUUCAGCUCCACUGCCCUUCGUUGAAUCUACUUCAUUGAAAACGACGUCGUGUUGGAGGCAAUACCACGACGGAAGGCCCAGAGGCCCCCUUUGGAGGGGAAAGAAGCUCAUUGGCAAAGAAGCGCUCUUUGUGAUAUUGGGCUUGAAGAGGUUUAAGGAUGACGAGGAUAAGCUUCAAAAGUUCAUGAAAUCUCACGUUCUCAGACUCUUGAAGAUGGACAUGAUCGCCGUUCUCACUGAACUUGAGCGUCAAGAACAAGUUUCUCUCGCUCUCAAGAUGUUUAAGGUUAUGCAAAAGCAAGAUUGGUACAAACCUGAUACAUUCCUCUAUAAGGACUUAAUCAUUGCAUUGGCAAGGUCCAAAAAAAUGGACGAAGUGUUGCAAUUGUGGGAAAGCAUGCGAAAGGAAAAUUUGUUCCCUGAUUCUCAGACUUAUACUGAAGUCAUAAGGGGCUUCUUGAACUAUGGAUCUCCUGCGGAUGCGAUGAACAUAUACGAGGACAUGAAGAAUUCCCCGGAUCCACCUGACGAGUUGCCAUUCAGAAUUUUGUUGAAAGGACUGCUGCCACAUCCUCUUUUGAGAAACAAAGUGAAACAAGAUUUUGAGGAGAUUUUUCCUGAUUCAAAUAUCUAUGAUCCACCACAAGAGAUAUUUGGCGCGCGCUGAGGCCACAGGGUGUGUUCCUGAAGGAGCUGGAUCAUCAAACGACUACAGAUGUUGUAGGAAUUAAGGAUUGAGGCUGCGUUCAUUCUUAAGAUUUGUGCUCAAUGUGUGGUUUUGGGAUGAUUAGUUUCCUGAGGGUUUACACUGUUUACCGAGUCCUUGCACAAUGGAGAUAAACUUUUGCUAUUGAAACUGAUUGAACUUAGCUUGAAAUAUUCCAAUGUUCUUUGUUCAGUUUCAUCAUCCAUGUCAGUAAUGUACCAAUUGUUAUCAAUUGUUAAGAAGCAAGUAAAAGAAUGAUACAGAUGAUCACAUUUUCUCCA